GUAAUUGUUGCUGCAUAAGCAGUACUUUCCAUUGAAAUUACUCUUAAUUAGUAUUUAUUUUGUCUAGAAAGGAUACAUUGCUUAAUUGCUUAAUUAAUCGGCAUUUUGUGACUUCCAAGGUGGGAGGAAAUGUAGCUAGAUAUUCUAUAACUGUAUCUGCCAAGAAAAAGGCGAACAUUCAUAACAGCGAGGAAUUGAUACAGAAAGUAUGGGAAAGUGUGAGAUCAAAUAAUGGAAUAAUGGUAUUGUUACAAUUGAUGAUGGUGAAGACACCUAUCACCGAUGCUGAUGCAUACAAGCGUUAGCGUGUCGUGCAUUAGCUGGCUUAGCACGUAGUGAGAAAGUUAGGCAAAUUAUUAGCAAGUUACCAAUGUUCACGGACGGACAGAUCCAGUCUCUCAUGAAAGAUCCUAUUUUGCAAGAGAAACAUGUCAGGAACAUGUCACUUUUCAGAAGUACGCUCUUGAGUUAAUGGAAAGAGUGUCUGGUAAAGCGAAACCAACAGGUGCGGAAUACGAGAUCUCUUUAGUUUGCACAGGCUACUAUAUAAAAGAUAGCUGACUCGUCCGCCAUAUUGGAGCCCAAGCUUUGAUCGGUUGUGAACUUGUGACGUUACUUUUUAUUACAUGGAACUGUAUUGUUUUGUAAAAAUGACUGGCUGUUCGGCCCCAAAUUGUUCGAACCACUCUAGGAAUGGUUUUAAAUUCUAUAGGUUCCCUGCAGAUCCUGAAAGGUGAAAACAGUGGUUAAUAAAUUGUAGGAGACAAGACUGGAAUCCAACACAAAAUGAUCGACUAUGUUCGGAACAUUUUGAAGAGUCAAAUUGAACAAGGUCGUGCUGAUGGCAAGAAGCGUUUAAUACUAUUUGCAGUACCAACAAUAUUCAAUGUGUCCAAUGCACCGAAAUUACUUAAUCCUCCUAGGAACAGUUUAUACAAGAGAUCCAGAGAAGAAGGUCAGUGCAAUAAUGUCCAACCUAAUAAUAAGCGCUUGAAAGUAGAUGCACUUUCUGAUUGUGCAAAUUUGACGCCUCCAUUAAAUGUUUCUAAUUACUCAAAUGAUUUACUUCAUGAAGACGUAUCCGAAUGUCAAAAUAUGAACCCAGAUGAUCAAAUUCUUGAACUGAAGAAGAAAUGUGCUCAGUUAGAAGAGGAGAUAAAGUCUAAAAAUGACGCAGUUGCUAAAUUAUUAACACAUGAGCAAUUGCAAACACUUUUAAUAGAAAAAAAAUGCAUAACAAAGUGGAGUCAUGAAAGAAUUAUAAAAGGCUUAAAGUUGAGGUUUGCUUUAGGUAAAAAUGGUUACAAUUUCCUGCGUGAAACUGGUUAUCCCGCGCCGUCGUGCAGUACCCUAAAUAAAAGGAUUUCUUGUGUCAAAAUCGAAUUUGGGUUGCUACAUGCUGUUGUUGAUUUAUUAACAAAAAAAAUAGAAAGUAUGCAAGAUAUUGAGAAAGACUGUUCAUUAAUGGUUGAUGAGAUGGAAAUUUCUGGCGAUUUAGACUUCGACAAGUAAAAAAAAAA